AUGAUACCACUGCUACCGUCACCUGUGUCAUGCCAUAAAACAGAACUACCGAAACUCUGUCCUGAUCAAGAGGCAUCCCUUCCGGCAUGUAAAAAACGAGCAUUGACUCUCGACUGCAGGACAGGCGCAUGUAUACUCUUGGUCAGAUCUGGUGUAUUUGUGCAUGGUGGACUAACCGUUCCGCUGGAUCUUGCAGAGGUUAAUUCAAGCUCAAUACAGCGGGAACUUAUCAUGUACUUCGGCCGCGAAAGAGGAUCCGGGAACUUCCAGAACCUUAGCGAUUGGAUAAGCCGUGAAACAUUCUUUCUGGACCUUAUAACGCGCAAAUGGGAGCAUGUUCCAACAGCGGAGGACAUAGAAUCCUUUACCGAGCAAGACAGUCGGCAGUCGUCAUCGAUAAUGAAAGGGCGGGUGUUCCAUUCGAUGGCGUAUCACGAGGGAUUUAUUUACAUUUUUGGUGGAUUGGAAGUUUCCCCCCAAUCUGGCUAUGAGCUUAUGGCCUCCAAUGAGUUGUGGGCUUUGAAUUUGGCGACAAAGACAUGGAAACUUUUGAGCAGUAAUCCAUCCAUUACUAGACGUUUCAAUCACAGCAUGCACGUGGAUUCAGGUGGUGAAGAGGGUGUGGACGCUCUACUUUACAUUGUUGGUGGACUAAACAAUAUGGAUAGACCUGUCCAUGUUGUCGACAUAUACAAUUUAACCCAACGAAAGUGGGAUUCUCUGGAUGACGACAAUACCGAAGCUCAAGAAAUUGUAACCAAUAUUAACGGGCAAAAUACCCAUCUUCUCCAAAACUCGAACUUUUCUUUGUUGAUCAGGGAUCAGGUUACUGAUAAACCACUGAUUGCAAUGUAUUCACCGGUCGGAGACAAGGACGACGAGACUGUCACAAACCCAUUAGUAAUUCAACCGCUUAAAGCCGGUCCUAUUGGCCAAAGGAUGCCCAUUUUUCAAGGGGAUCAAAGGUGGUCUGGUCUGAAAUACAAAGCUCCUUACAACUUACUAUAUCCGUCGGGUGAUUAUUUCGGACACAACAUCAUUGUGUCAGGCUACUACCCAGAUGUGCAAUCCAAUAACUUCCAUUGUUUUACUUAUAACAUGCCAACCGGGAAAUGGACUGAAAUUAAUACAAUGUGUGAUGACCCGAUGUUUAGUACCCGACAUUUAUGGCAACUACUGGUUUGGCAUUCUCACCAUAAAGUAGUAUUUUUGGGUACUAACGAGAAGAAUAAUCACUUACCAAGUGUUCAGAAGUUCAACAGUAUUCUUUGCAUUGCUCUCCCAAUGAUAAACGUUUUCCACAAGGCUUUCCAUCGCACAGUUGAAAGAGAACGAAGUACUGCUAGUUUUGAUCAGCUGCCUACUGGGCAAGACGCCUUUGACGACUAUUCUCGGUAUUCUGCGCCUCCUCUCCAGAUUACUACAAUAACCUCGGUGUUUCCUUCGCAUGCUAUGGCACUGGGUAAAGAUUCCCUAGAGCUUUGUAAACAACAUUUAUCCGACUUUGAAAUUGUUACAGAGGAUGGUGACUCUGUGCGUGUACCUGUUUACCUCCUGAGGAAAAGGUGGGGAAGAUAUUUUGAUCAAGUUUUAGCUCAUGGCUACGUCAAAGCAUCUUGUGACUUCGAAAGCCGUAAUAGAGAUAAUGAGUUCUCGAAGUUUUCGACAGAUUCUGCUUUUCAGUCUGGUACUCCAACCCGCCACCAUUUCGAUAGUUCCAGUUCGAGAGGUCCAGUAGAAACUUCUUCACAAGGAUCCAUGGAAGGAAUACCCUACAAAGGGGAAUUACUUCAGGAAAUUCAUCCUCUUUUGGCCUCUCGAAAAUCGGUUCCACUAUUUUUCGCUAACAAGUCUACAUCAAACUUGAAAACCGAAAGCAAAAACAAAGAUGACGCUUUUGACGCAUCUAACAGGAUGCCCCAGGUUGCGCCUAUUCUCCAUCACUCAAAGUCUGAUUCAUCGGCUGUGUGCUCAUCAAAUGCGUCUUCAAAAGGUUCCAAAGGACCAACUGAUCAUAUCAAAGGAACCCCUGCAAGUGGAAAUGACUCCACGGUAGCUAGCUUAUCGGGCGGCUUGGUUUUCAGAUUACCAUUUCAAGAAGGAAGUCGCGGUGCUGUGCUUUCUACGCCAUUGGUCCACGACGCUUCUGAAAAACAAGCAGGGAUGGUAGGCCGGCGAAAGUCUUCUACCUCUACCCCUCACACGGCAGAUGGUGGUCAACAAGGAUCUAGAAGGGCUUCUCAUCCUAUCUUUAUUAAAUCCGAGGAAAAAUCUGGACUUCCAGCCACUAUGGUGCCCCAAAGUCCUUUCGGUUCUCGUAAAGCUUCCGUGACGUCUCAGAAUAGCUCUAUCUCAUUCGUCAGCUCCGCUUCUGACAGGAUGGGAAAUCCUGCUCAUCGUCGAACCUCUCAAGACAGCGGGAUGACCAGCUCUACUUUAAAUUCUUUGAGCUCCCAAAUACCGCCUUUACAACCAAUGCCCUCCGAACCAGUUCCCGUUGCCCCACAUCAUCUUCAAAAUGAUGCCUUUUCGCCCGCGAGAUACAGCCCUUUUUCGUCACGGAGAUCAUCUUUGUACCAUGAGUUUCUCCGGCCAGGGCUAAGCAACACUGUAUCUCAGUCCUUAUUGGGCAUACAUGAAAACCUCAAUCCGGAAAGUGCUUCAAUCUAUGAGGUUGACCCUCAUUCAAUCCGCAAGAGGUCAUUAGACAGACAGCUAUUGGAAGAUAACUUAAUUGACGUGGAGCUAGAGGCAAGUCUCAAUACCGCCUCUCAUAAACAACCCGACAGCAAAAAUAAAGGUAAAUCCAGGCGAGGUAGCUGUGUUAAAACCUUACCCCAAGCCGAAAGCAAUCGUCCUUCUUAUUUAUCUAUGGCAGAGAGUGGUGCCACCUUUUAUGAGAAUUCGAUCGGUGACGUGGAGCCUCUCUUGUUACCGCGGUCUCUUUACAUGCCGUGGCCUACAACCACUAUUCGAUCGUUUGUCGAGUUCUUUUACACUGGGCAAGUAAAUGGCAGAUGGUUAUUAUCACCUGUGGCUCUCAAUUUACUAGUAAUGGCGAAAACUUAUGAGAUUCCACUUCUUUAUGAUCUGAUGUCAGAAGCACUGUACUCCAUUUUAGGGAAAAAGGAGGAAAGUUUAGUGACUACUGGCGAUGCCUUGAAGCAAUUGUUCCUCGUAAAGCAUUUACGAGCUCAUGAUGGAAAUGAAGAAGAAAGCAAACGAGCUCUCGAAUCUCAUGCAAUCUUCAAUAAGUUCCUUGAGUUCGAGCAAUCCCUUCAGUCCAUUGACAAUGGAUUUUUUGAUACUAACCUUCUGAAGAGUAUGACGCGACAGGGCUCGGGGGUUAGCACUGAAAGCGCUAGUACUACAAAACCGACUGCACGCGAAGAUCGGGAAGGGGCCUCUCUUAAUGUUCCCCUUUUGUUUUCAGGGCACCCUAAGGAGAGUCUCACUUCUCUUGAUGGGCACCUUGCUACUUCUGGUUCGCCAGAAGUUCAAUUACCGAAGAAUGAUUCGAAAGCAAAGAAGUCAAGCUUAAGCAAAGAUGUUCCUAGUAUUUCUUACCACAGGGACCCGGAAAACUACAAUGAGGAUGGAAGUGUUACCACGGCUAGAAGAAACACAACAGAUCGCGAGAAUAAGGCCGAUAAACUCGAGCAGCAAACGUUAAGCAACCUUUCUCAAAAUGAGGAGAGUGAAUUUUCUGACAGGAUCAUUGACUUGAAGCACUCAAACCGUGAGGGCUUCUCAGAGAGAGAGACUCCAACAGCAGAAACGAGCAAGCCUUACAAAGAAAGCAGUGUAAAACUGCCAGAAAAUGAAUCAAAUUCAAGCUCUGAGUCAGAUUUGGUGGGUACUGGCUUUGGUCUCUCAUCAUCCUCAAAAAUUUUCAAGAAGCUACGCAGGCGCGGCUCAGAAAGACCAAUUGAUCCUCUUUCCAAGACGAGUGGCUCCGAGGGAUCGUCCUUGAAGAACAUUAUUGAAUACUUCAAAAAAGGAGACAAGUUUUCAAAACCAGAUAAUAAUUCCGGCAAUGUAGAUACUUUAACUCUCGCAAAUAUGGCUUCUGCGGACUCGUUGCCCCCCGUUGACUAUGUUAUUGAGCUCAUCCAUGAAACAGCAAUAUUAGUGCAUGAUGUGCGUCUAAUAGUGAGGUGUGUCAGCGUUAUCAAGCUUUCGAAGAGAUUGAAGUUGCUAAAGCAGCAACUAGACUAUGAGAUGACACUUCUUGAUAAUGAGGCGUUAAAGCAUCGGUCGUCGACUGACAUCAUGGGUCAUCUGCCGACAGCGGUUAAAGUGGGCGAUGCGCUUCCAACCACCUCCAGUCCGACAUUGGAUAGAGUUCCCAGGGCCCCUUCGAGCGUCGGGUUGAAUAAAAGAAGUCUGAAUCCUGUGAAUCCAGAAUCGCCUGUGAUGAGUGGGCUUGGGUCUGAGAGCAACGCCAGAUCGGCAUCCUCCGAUCAAAGUCUUGCGGAAACCGAUUCUGUCUCUUUAAAUACCAAGAGUUCUAGGCAACAUUCCAAGCCUCCAGUGGUCAAAAGAGUCAACUCACACAUGGCUACAAGUGGUUUAAGCGGCGCGGCCUAUUUCAUGGCGGGAUCCUUGGUACCGACAGUACCUAAAGGGAAGAAAGACUCCACCAGCUCCUCUGGAAAGGGUGGAAUAUCUUUUUUUGGGAAGAGGAAAUAA